AUGUCCAUCGUUUCUUUAGCAAGCGAUGACGCACCAUCUGUUCUCAACGAGGAAGAACUGCAUCGUCUCGCCGCAGAACUCAGCUUCACCAUCCCCGACCCCAAUGAUGCGCAGUCGUACCUCAUCUUGCUCAAGUCCUUCGAGGCGAUCAUGCAUCAACUGGACACCAGCGAUGACUUCGUCCACCCCGCUCUGGUCCCGGUGCCCACCACCAGACCUCGCUUCUUCUGGAAGCCGGAUGCCAACAACAAUCCCUUGAACGCCUGGAGUCACCGUUGCGAGUUCGCGGCCGCUCAGCUGACCAGCAACCUACUCAGGGGUCGAAGCGUCGCCAUCAAAGACAACGUAUGCGUCGGUGGCCUGCCCACCACGCUCGGCACGCAUCCCGAGAUUCUGUCCGAGUACGAUUCUCUUCCCCUCUCGCCCAUCGACGCAACUGUCGUGUCGCGUUUACUAUGCGCCGGCGCCGUGAUCAAGGGCUCCUCGACGUGCGAGAACUUCUGCGCCUCGCCCUUGGCGUGUACGUCGGUCACCGGACCGGUGCACCACCCGCUGCUGCACGGAUACACCACCGGCGGCAGCAGCAGCGGCUCAUGCGCCCUCGUGUCUUCAGACGCUCUGCUCAGGGCACGAAAGGGCGUCUUUGGGGAGACGGCGGAGCUGGCGAUUGGCGGCGACCAGGCGGGUUCCAUCCGCAUCCCGGCGUGUUACACGGGCAUCUACGGGCUGAAGCCAACGUUUGGGCUGGUUCCGUACACAGGUGCCGCCUCCAUGACGCCCAUGAUUGACCAUCUGGGUCCGAUUGCAUCAAGUGUAGAAGAUAUCGCGGCGUUACUGAAAGUCAUGGCCGGAUGGGACGGCAUGGAUCCCAGGAUGACGCCCGAGACGCCUCUCGUGGCUAACGUCAAGGACUAUCCCGCCCUGGUCGAUGAGUAUCGCCAUGCAAGCUCCGAGCCUGGACGACCCGUCAUGAAGGUAGUAGGGCUUCUGACCGAGUCGUUCGUCGUGCCGGGUCUGUCGCCGGAAGUGCGCGACCUGGUGCGCAAGGCAGCGAGAGAAGGCUUCGAAGCCGCCGGCGCAGAGGUCGUCGACAUCUCCGUCCCCAUGCACUCCGAAGGCCCCAUCAUCUGGACGGCUGCCACGCGGCCAUCCAUGUCUUUGGGUCUUGUUCAGGGGAAGCCAUCGGGCCAUCUAUCGUACCUCUCGCCUCACAUCAAGACGCAGUGGCCCCCAAGCCAGGACACUUACCAGCUUCUAACCCAGUCCAACCCCGCCGUCGUCAACAUUCUCCUCAGCCAAGUCUUGGACACAUCACAUCUUCCCCCCUCCAUCGAAGCCAAAGCCCACCGUAAAGCCUUCCAGCUGCGUGCCGCCUACGACGCGGCUCUUGCGCAGGUCGACGUCUUGGUCACGCCUUGUGCGCCGACCGUCUCCAUGCCGCAUCCUGACCCGGAUGCGUCGAUACUGGAGAGGCUGAAGCCCGCUAUCGGGCUGACGAGCAAUACUUGCCCGUUCAAUAUUACGGGGCAUCCGGCGAUGAACGUGCCGUGUGGGGAGAUGCCGCUGACGGAGAGGCCGGAUGUAAAGAUGCCAGUAGGAAUGCAGGUUGUUGGUAAGAGGUGGGAGGAUGAGAUGGUAAUGAAGGCGGCAAUAGUUUUUGAAGCCGGACAGAAGAGGCUAGCAAAUGUGUGA